GAUCUGGGGGAAAGGGCGGUACCUUGUAAAUAAGAGGCGCUUGUCCACAGACUUGGAGCUGUUGCCUAAUUUCUAGAAUCUAUAUGUCAGAAAUGACAGCUACAGUGCAAGAAUGCUUAGAGCUUCAGCUUCUAGAGAUGGAAAUGCUUUUCUCUAUGUUUCCUAACAAAGAAGAAAUUGUCCUGGAAGACGCAAAUUCACUUUUACGAGUACGUCAAUAUUUAAAAGGAAUUUGUGAAUCACUGCCACCAACGAUUGGGUUUACAGUGUUUAUGAAAAUAAGGAAUUCAGAGAUAAAAGCACAGAUGCACGUAGUGCUGCCUCAUAAUUACCCAGAAACGGAACCUCAGUUAUUUGUUAGGUCCAGUGCUUUGGACAGGCAACAGCAGAACAUUCUUAAUAAAUGCCUGGGUUCAUAUAUAAAUUCAUCGGAUCGCGGUGAACUUUGUAUCACCAAUGCUGUACAGUGGCUGCAAGACAACAUCUCCUCAUAUGUACAGACCACUAAAACUGAGGUGGAAUCAGAGAAAAUGAAGACCGCUACAGACACCUUCCACCGCAUGUGGAUUUACAGCCAUCACAUAUACCGUCAGGAACUAAGAAAAAAGAUUUUAGAUUGUGCUAAACGACUUCAUUUAACUGGGUUCUGCUUGACGGGCAAGCCUGGAGUAAUAUGUGUAGAAGGGGUAAAAGACCAUUGUGAGGAAUUUUGGCGUGAUAUUCGCUACCCAAACUGGAAACACAUCUCUUGUAAACACACAGAGAGCAAAGAGGUGCCCGGCAAAAUUGACGACUUCAGACUGUUUACAUCUUUUGAGGAGUUAAAGUUUGCGGCACAUGGAGAUUAUGGACUCAGAAAUGAUUACCAUAUGGACUUGGGACAGUUUUUCGAUUACCUGAAACAACGUAAGAGUGAGCAUAUAUUUCAAAUACUGUUUGGCAUUGAAGGAAAAUCUUGAGAUGAGAGGUGAUUCCCUUUUAGGGAUGUUGCUCCUUUGAAACUGCUUAAAAGUAAAGAAAGUAGUGUUAUAGUU